AUGGUGGCAUCUCCCGCGGUGGUGGCACCUCCCAAACCGUCCGCUCCCGCCACGGUGCCAUCUCCACCAGCUUCCUCCUCCGCCUCUCCCACCACCCUCGGAGCCACCUUCAAGGUGGGGGUGAUGGGUCCUUGGACCUGUGACCCCAUCCUGGCCCGGGCUUUGCCCGAGGUGGCCUCUCGCUUGGCCGUGGCCCGUCUCAACCGGGACCCAACCCUCAACGAAGGCUAUUGGUGGGACGCGGUGGUGUUGACCGAGGCGUGCCAGACCCCCCAAGCCGUGACGGGGCUUCUCAACGUCGAACGUUACGCCACCGGUUUGGUGGGACCGCUCAACCCGGCCACCUGCGGUGCUGCCGGCCUUCUAGCGGCCGCCUGGAACAAACCUUUGGUCUCCUGGGCUUGUUUGGGUGACGUCGAGGGGUUGGACACCUUGGUCACCCCCAUGCCGGAGCCAGCUGGGGUGCUCCACGCCGUCCUCCGUUUCUUCCGUUGGGCCCACGUGGCCGUGCUCUCCGCCCCACAGGACCUCUGGCGCGAGGUGGGGCAGGGUUUGGCCCAGGACCUCCGGGCUCGGGGGUUGCCCGUCACCGUCGUCACCGCUGCCGGGAGCCAGGAGGACGAAGCUCGCGAAGCUCUGAGGAGGGUGCAGAGGGCUGACGGCGAGAGGGUGGUGGUGAUGUGCAUGCACUCGGUGCUGCUGGGCGGCGAGGAGCAGCGGGGCCUCCUGGAGAAGGCCGAGGAGAUGGGCAUGACCGACGGCACCUACGUCUUCAUCCCCUACGACACCCUCACCUUCCCCCUGCCCUACCGCCGCGUCCCCUACCCCGUCCUGGCCAACAACACCAAGCUGCGCCUGGCCUACGACGCCGUCUUCACCGUCACCAUCGACUCGCCCGACGUCACCUUCCACGAGGCUCUGCGCCAGGCCAAGGAGACCUAUGAGAUCCCCGCGCACAUCGAACCCACGCAGGUCCACCCCCUCUUCGCCACCAUCUACAACUCCAUCCACUUCUUGGCCAAGGCGGUGGAGGCCACGCGCCGAAGCGGCCGUUGGGUGAUGGGCAGCAGCGUGGCCGAACACGCCCGCGACUUCCACCUGGAGGGCUUCUGCCAACCCUUCGCCGUCACCGAGGACGGGGACGUCACCGUCCCUUACGUGGUGCUGGACACGGACGGCAAAGGCGACCAGUUGUGGCCAGUUUACGGACUGGAACCGGGCACGCGGGGGUUGAGCCACCGUGGCUACAGCGUCCACUGGCCGCACAGCUCCAGCCCCGGCACCGACGCCGGCUGUUGGUUCGAGUCGGGGACCAUCUGCAACGGGGGGAUGGACGCCACCUUCGUCCUCCUCCUCUUUCUCCUCAUCUCCGCCCUCGUCGCCGCGGGGGCUGCCCUCGCCUGCUUCAUCCGGCGCCGCAUCCAGCAGGCCCAGCUGAUGAAGGGACCCAACAAGAUCAUCCUCACCAUGGAGGACCUGACCUUCAUCAACACCCAGAGCAGCAAGCGGGUGAGGGAUGGGUGGCCCUACCGGGGCGGGGACGGGGACUUCUGUGGUGGCCAUGUGGGCUUCAAGGAUGCCCUGUGGUCAUUUGUGGCCUUGCCGUCACCCGCUCUGUCCCCCCCCCAGGGUGACUGGGUCUGGCUGAAGAAGUUCCCCGGAGAGCAGCACAGUGAGGUGAAACCGGCCACCAAGUUGGCCUUCUGCAAGCUGCGUGACCUGCGCCACGAGAACGUCAACCUCUUCCUGGGCUUCUUCCACGAUUGCGGCAUCUUCGCCAUCGUCUCGGAGCACUGCUCCCGCGGCAGCCUGGAGGACCUGCUGCGCAACGAGGACAUGAAGCUCGACUGGAUGUUCAAGUCCUCCCUCCUCAUCGACCUCAUCAAGGUGGCUCUUGGGUUGCUGGGGGCGGUGGUGGUGCUGGGGACCAUGGUGAUGGCCUUGGUGGUGACCAUGGUGGUGCUGGGGACCAUGGCGAUGGCCUUGGUAGUGGUUGUGGUGGUGCUGGUAACCAUGGUGAUGGCCUUGGUGGUGACCAUGGUGGUGCUGGGGACCAUGGCGAUGGCCUUGGUGGUGCCCAUGGUGGUCAUGGUGGUGCUGGGGACCAUGGCGAUGGCGUUGGUGGUGACCAUGGUGGUUGUGGUGGUGCUGGUAACCAUGGCGAUGGCCUUGGUGGUGACCAUGGUGGUCAUGGUGGUGUUGGUGACCAUGGUGAUGGCCUUGGUGGUGGCUGUGGUGGUGCUGGUAACCAUGGCGAUGGCCUUGGUGGUGCCCAUGGUGGUGCUGGGGACCAUGGCGAUGGCGUUGGUGGUGACCAUGGUGGUCAUGGAGGUGCUGGGGACCAUGGUGCUGGCCUUGGUCGUGACCAUGGUGGUUAUGGAGGUGCUGGGGACCAUGGCGAUGGCCUUGGUGGUGGCCAUGAUGGUUGUGGUGGUGCUGGGGACCAUGGCGAUGGCCUUGGUGGUGACCAUGGUGGUUGUGGUGGUGGUGGUGACCAUGGUGAUGGCCAUGGUGAUGGCCGCGGUGGCAGUGACUAUAGCAGUAGCCAUGAUGGUGGCUGUGCUGGUGGUGGUGGUAGCCAUGGUGGCAGUGCCCUUGCCAGUAGCCAUGGUGAUGGCCAUGGUGGUGGCCAUGGUGAUGGUGGCGGCCAUGGCAGGAGCCAUAGUUAUGGCCCCGGGCAUGGGCACCCU